GGGCUCCGCGGGGGCCGGGCCGAGGGGCGGGGGCGGGCCGCGCGGCGCAUGCGCGCUGCAUUGUUUUGACUGAAAAUGCCGUCUGUUUCGAAAGCGGCGGCGGCGGCGCUGAGCGGGUCCCCCCCGCAGACGGAGAAGCCGACCCACUACAGGUAUCUAAAGGAGUUUAGGACAGAGCAGUGCGCCCUGUUUGUGCAGCACAAGUGCGCCCAGCACAGGCCAUUUACCUGUUUCCAUUGGCAUUUCCUAAAUCAGCGUCGGCGCAGACCGCUCCGCAGGCGCGACGGCACCUUCAACUACAGCCCGGACGUGUACUGCUCCAAGUACGACGAGGCCAGCGGCGUGUGCCCCGACGGCGACGAGUGCCCGUACCUGCACCGGACGACCGGGGACACCGAGCGCAAGUACCACCUGCGCUACUACAAGACCGGCACCUGCAUCCACGAGACCGACGCCCGCGGCCACUGCGUGAAGAACGGGCUGCACUGCGCCUUCGCCCACGGCCCCCUGGACCUGCGGCCCCCGGUGUGCGACAUCCGGGAGCUGCAGGCCCAGGAAGCCUUGCAGAACGGCCAGCUCGGCGGCGGGGAUGGCAUCCCCGAUCUGCAGCCUGGGGUCUUAGCCAGCCAGGCCAUGAUCGAGAAGAUCCUGGGCGAGGACCCUCGGUGGCAAGACACCAGCUUCGUGCUGGGCAGCUACAAGACCGAGCAGUGCCCGAAGCCUCCGCGCCUCUGUCGCCAGGGCUACGCCUGCCCCCACUACCACAACAGCAGGGACCGGCGGCGGAACCCCCGGAGGUUCCAGUACAGGUCCACUCCGUGCCCCAGCGUGAAGCACGGCGAUGAGUGGGGUGAGCCCUCGAGGUGCGACAGCGGGGACAGCUGUCAGUACUGCCAUUCACGCACGGAGCAGCAGUUCCACCCGGAGAUCUACAAGUCCACAAAGUGCAACGACAUGCGCCAAACCGGCUACUGCCCUCGCGGUCCUUUCUGCGCCUUCGCACACGUGGAAAAGAACCUGGGGAUGGCCAACGACUGGGGCUGCCGAGACCUCAUGCCCACCAGCAGCUCUGCGGCCAGCAGCUGCCCGCCCGGAAACGCGAAGUGGAGGGACUCCCCUGCUGAGGGCAGCCAGAAAGCCAGUGAGCACGACAGUAAGCAGAACCACCUGGCGGUGUUCACAGUGGUUCACCCGCUUGCUCCCAGCGUGAGCUCCAGCAUGGCAUCCAGCCUGGCGUCCAGCGCGGGUUCCAGCGGCUCCUCCCCCACUGCUCUGCCCAUUCUCUCGGCCCGUGCCCACCCACUGGACCCCACUGGCAGUGCCCUCGAGGCCAUCCCAGGUUCUGCCUUAGAUCUCCAUCUUAGUGAUGUAAGCCUCGCUCCCCUGGAUAAGGAGCUGGACGAGCAGGACGGAAGUGACCUGGGACCCACAGGUCAGAGGUCGCUGGGGGGCUCAGAGCCCGUCACCAUUCCUGGCUGCCUGGCCCGCUCCCCAUCCCUGCAAUCCUCGUCAUCCCUGUCCACCUCCCCGCUCAGCUCGCUCUCCCAGUCCCUGUCGGGGCCUCUUGUCUCCUCGGCCAUGACGCCCCCCCAGCAGCCGCCACCCCUCAAGUCGGAGCCCAGGGUGCUGGGCUCCUCGGCCUCGUCCUACAACUCCCUAGGUUUGAAUGGCGUCCCUGGGAGCAUCUGGGACUUCGUUUCCGGCAGCUUCUCUCCCAGCCCGUCCCCCAUUCUGAAUGCCGGCCCCACAUCCACUGCAAGUGCAAGUCCAAAUGGCGCCGAACUGGCGCGGGUCAGGCGGCAGCUGGACGAGGCCAAGAGGAAGAUCAGGCAGUGGGAGGAGUCCUGGCAGCAGGUGAAGCAGGCCUGUGACGCAUGGCAGCGGGAGGCCAAGGAGGCGAAGGAGCGUGCGCUGGCCGCGGACGGUGCCCGGCAGCUGGCACUGCAGAAGAAGGAGGAGGUGGAGGCCCAGUUCAGGCAGCUGCAGGAGGAGCUGGAAGGCCGGGGCAUGUCCACGCUGCCAGGGCUGCGAGGCUGCAGCGACAUCGGUGCCAUCUCACUGCCCAAGCUACAGUCGCUGCAGAGCCAGCUCCGCCUAGAUUUGGAGGCGGUGGACGGGGUGAUCUUCCAGCUCAGAGCGAAGCAGUGCGUGGUGUGCGGAGAGCCGGCCCGCGGCGCCGUCCUGCAGCCCUGCCAGCACCGUGUGCUCUGUGAGCCGUGUGUGGCCAGUGCGCCCGAGUGCCCCUACUGCGAGAGUCAGCCCCUCCCGUGGUGACGGCAGCCAUGGUGGCCUCACCUCCUGGUGCCACCGACGUCGGGACCCCGGCCCAGCUGCAUCCAGUUCCAUGGUAUUCUCCUCGUAGACCUUACGGCACACCCACAGCACCACCUGCCCGAGCCCAGGUUUGGGUGGGCCCAGUAAUUACACGGGGUUUGCGGUCCUGACACUACUGUGACCACAUCCUGGGAGUUCACGUCCCGGCCAAGCACUUUGUAAACAGGAACUGACGUGGACGGUCUCAGCUGCUAUAAGCUGCUUUCUAGGUUCAUGUCUUUUUAAUAUGCAUAUGAAGCUUUGUAUUGUACUGUGAACUUAAAAUAUUUCCUAUCAGUUUAUUGUAAUUCAUAUUAUGGUAAAUAUAUUAGAUUUCAUAUUCUGAAAUUAGUACUUAUGAAAUGAGCAUUUAUCUAGUAGUGAGAGAUGCCUAGGAUUUUUAUAGGUUUUAAAUUAAGUGCAAAUAGUAUUUAUAGCAGAGUGGUUAUUGGAAGACAUACUUUUAGAUGUUUUUAAUUUUAUGAAAGGAACUGUUCCUAACCAUGUGCUCGUGCACACUAAUUGGAGUCUUAUUCCCCAGCACCGUGCAAUGAGGGCGCUCAGUCACGCACCCAGGACCCGUGGCCACUUUUUCUAAGAGCCUGUGCCUUGCAAAAGGAGGAGGAGGGUUCCCUUGGUUUUAUCUUCUCCCUUCAGUCUUUGUAAGACAAUUUGAUACUAGCGAAAAGUGCGACCAAGGGGGUACACCUGUUUUAGAGCCGCUUCGCGCAGCUUCCUGGGGCUGGCUGCAGGGCACCCCGCUGGCCCAGCACCCCCCACACCUGGGACCACGGGACUCCGCAGAGCGGACAGGCUCGCCCAUCUUCGCGCACACGGCUUCAGGCGACACUUCCGACACUGUGGUCUGAACUGUGUGUAGGUAUUGUCAGUCAUCGCGAGGACCUGGCUCUCACGCUGGUCCCUGGCCCCAAGUAGCAGCCUGGCUUCAGGCCAAGAAGGAAUGCCUGAGAGCGGGCCGGGUUUCAGUGAUGACCUGAACCUUCUGGCCUACAGUGGGUCAUUUUUUCCUAGAGACCUGGGUAGUAGUAGAACUGUGCUCAGUGCGGCCCGCCUAGAUUGCUGAGAGGAAAUCUUCGCAGAACCUGCCGUUUGGGAGGCAGGAGCAGGUACCGGCCCUCUAGCCUGGAGUGAACGCUGUGUUUCUACUUGCCUGGGGCUUUGCCAAAGAGUUUUAAAUGCAUUUUUAAAGUGCAAAGUGACUAGGUAAAAACUUUUAUCAGUGACCAAAUUAGAAUGUAUUUACUAUAAGUUUAAAACAUUUUUUAACAUAAGACAAAUUGAUAAAAAGUUAUCAUUUUAAAGGUGGAUCAUGACAUUCCACAGCUAGUGUGCUACUAAAGGUUAACUAUGGACUUGGUUUUAGUAAAUCCUUGUUUUUAAUUAUAGCGAUAAUGAUUUAUUAGGUCUUAGAAAUUACGUAUAUUUUGUGCUACUGUUAUCAUUGUUUAAAAUUAUUUUUUAUUAAUAUUUAUGCACUUGUUUUCCAUGUUAGGCCUUUGGCCUUUUUGGGGAUAACAGGACAGUGUUUAUUACUGAUAUCUAGCCUAGACAUUUUACAAUUAUAAACAAUUAAGAACAAUUAAGCUUUAGGUCUAUUUAUAAGCUACUCUGGUCAGUUCUGUGGAGUUCGGGGGCCACAGGUGCAGUGCUCACAGGGGUUCCACAGCUGGGGUUGGGGCGGAGCCCGUGAGCACUCACCCUUCUCAGGUCAGGACUGGCUCUGAGAACAGAUGUGUGGUGGGAAGACCAAAGAACCACCCAGAAUGGAGCUCCCAGAGUGCCCGGCGCAGUGAGGGCUGUCAUGUGGUACGCUCCCAGGGGGCUGCUCCUUGGGUGUCCCCUCCCCCCCUCCUCCUCCCCCCCCCGCCCCUGCAGUGGCCCUGACCUUAGGAGGGAGCCACCCUUUGCAGGCCUCACAGACUUAGGGUGGGAGGGGAGUGCUGGGUGUAGCAGUGAAAGCGUGUGGUGCUCAGUGUCUCUCAGCUCUAGUGUUCAACAUUCGCAGUAACAUUCUUGUCAUACUACUCGUGCAGCUGAUCAGCAAACCUCAACUCAGUGUGUGGACGCUUCACGUGGACUAAUUUAUGAAAGCCCCCAAUCUGUAUGUUUGUUCUGAAUAUUUAGAUGGGAAUGUUAUUGGAAUGGAAUUAUCUUAACUCAGAAGGUAGUAUUUAUAAGGUAUAAUCAUUUACUUAGUGAAUUGUUUAAAGUUGUUAACACCUGUUUAAAUUUUUUUUACACUACAGCAUUUAUGCAAUGGUUUACAGAAUUCAUGGAAUUAUUUUUAUCAGUAUGGAAUUAAAAAUUUGAAUCUUUA